UACAUUAGUAGUAUGUCGUCACGCUUUCCUCCGGUACAUGAGUCCCGGUAUCCACCUCGCACCCGGUCGCGAUCGCCGCCGAGGUAUCAGGAAUGGAGACCGAACGGACCACAAAAUCCUGGAUUCAACAACAACAGACAUGGUGACUUCGGCCGAGGACUGGAUCCUCCGCGAGGUCCCAAAACUUUUAAUGACAGCCCCAGAGGUCCACCGCCAGGCCCAGGAACUGGUUCAUCAGCGCCACUUGGACCACGCGGUAGAGGCGCACCACCAAGACCAGAAUUUAGAGAGUUGAGAGACGCACCACCUCUUGGGACUGACCGCUCAUUCAGAGAACGUGAGUUUGACCGUAGACCGAGGCCUACGUCUCCAAGGGCUCGUUCGCCUGUGAGAGGCUUCAGAGAUGGACCCAUUCCGCCUCGUGAUCUCGACAUGGGGAGAGGUCGCCGCGACUCUAGAGAUGGACCUAUCAAUGCUGGACCUGGGUACUCGGAUGCACCACCAUUUGGACAGCCUUCAUUCGGUAGAGGUGGUUUCAACGGUAGAGGCCGAGGAAGGGGCAGAGGAGAUUUUGGCUUCCGUGACCGACGCGGUCCUGCAGAUGAUCGAAGCACGUUCAGACCUCGAGACAGAUCACCGCCCACUCGAUGGGGAAGUGUAUCCCGCAACGAUCGAGAUGAUUGGCGACCAGAAAGACGCGAGGACGAUCGUUGGCUCGAUCGUGAUGAUCGCGAGCGUGAGCCUGAACGUUUCAGAAGAGAUCCUGCGACCAGCAGGUUCGAUUCGCGUCCGCCCACCCCUCAUCAACAAGUGCCGUUAGCACAAGCUCCGGCUGAGCGUGCGCCGCCGUUCGAGUCAACGAGGGAUGAUUUGCCAAUGCGAAGGCCCUCGACGACAUCACUGUCCGGAAUUAAAGAACCUCCUCGACGUGAUCUGCCGCCUCAGAAUGUACCCCCGCCUAUGCCACUACCACCUAACGACCUUCUGGCUGGUCGCGUCGAGUCCUCGGCCGCUCGAUAUGGAUCUCGUGCUUCUUCACCACCACCGUCAGCUCCGCAAGUGCCUGCAUUCGGAUCUCUAUCAUUCAAGUCUCAGCCUUACAAUGGGCCUACUUCAAAUGUAUGGAAAGCAUCGCCAGAGAACCGUGCUCCACCCACUCCCGCGAAACCUUCGGCUCCAUCACCUCCUGCAGUCAAGUCCAUCCCAACUGCGCCCAAAGCACAACUUGCAGCGCCACCACCUGCUGCUCCCAGAGCACCUAGAGCACUUGAAAAUGCGCCUCCGACCGCGCCUAGGGAACUGCCAGUUGAACGAGCGCCUUCUGUAUCGCAAGCUAGGAAUCCAUCUGUGCCGCAGCCUCCACUUCCCACCGGCCCAUGGGCUUUGCGAACAGAUGAUAGGCCAAGUGGGCAGUUGGCCCCAACAACAGUUCGCGAGGGACGUAGUCUCUCCGGGUCUUUCCAGCCAGAGACGAACAAGACGCCAACAUCACCGCGAACUUUGGGUGCCGGUGUCGCUCAAAUGGCACAGAUGACUCCAGUGAACCCUCCAGAGACUUUACCGAAUCAGGCACUCAUGCCCCAGAGGCAGCCCAGCUCUGGAAAUGCGCCAGACGGAAGAGCACCACGAGCGGAUAUGGCACCACCAAGACUCGGUACUCCACCCCCAUCAGCGCCUAGCGGCCCACGAAAUGCACACUCGUUCAGUACAUCGCCCGUCAUGCAGAACCCCAACAUCCCUACUGCGCCUAAGGCUAUUCGUGGACCUCCUAUGGCCCCGAGAGCCUCAAUAGAUCGUGGACAGCCCCUCCACAGGCCUAUGGAUAGAAAUGGGCUUGCUCCAUCCCGUGUUCCUUCUGGAGCGCCGAGAGCUCCAGCAUGGAAUCAAUGGAUAAGACCUGGUGCUCCUCAGUACAGGGACCCCACGGUGCCUGCAAAGAGAGAUUUGAAUGGUGAAGAAAAGCCUCAACAGUUCAUUCCAAAAACAUCGCCUCAAAAUAUGCACCGCCAGAUUUCAGAUCCAUCAUCUAUGAGAGCUGAUGAAAACAAAGAUGAUCGUGCUUUCAAAACUGCACCCGUAUCACCCGAGCGCAGGAUGUCUGACACUAAUGCAGCCAACAAGCCUCCUUUCCAAAAGGAGUACAGCGUACCAAGUCCUGAUGGAACCGUGCAGUCCGACCCUGCUGUGGAUGCCGACCUCGCGACAGCCGAAUCGUCUGAGGAGUUUGUUAGUGACGAAGAAGGCAUGGAUCUUGACGAGGAAGAUUUCGCCCAGAGCAAAGCCAAAUUCGAGAGGCAAAAAGCGCAUCUGGAAGCCCAGAUGAUCGAUCUGAACGCUAGACAGUUCAGAGCAACUACUCCUUUGGAACAAAUUGCCAGGCUUGCCAAUAUCACCGUAAAAGACCUGCCCAUUGCUCAGGAAUCGACCUCAACAGAAGCUAAGGACGAUGUUAUGGAAGGCUUGGAAACUUCAGAGCCAGCUGCACCAGCUGUUUCGCAGCCCCAUCCGUCAUCUCCAAAGAGUCAGGAAGACAUUGAUACAGACAUCAUCGAACCGAAGAAAGAGCAAAUCGAUGAUGCAGAGACAGCGGCCGUUCCAGCUGUUCCGACAAAGUACAAUCAACCUGCACCUGGUGGAAUCCUUGAGUCUGCAGAGGCCGAUCAAAACGACGAUAUUGAUAUGGAAGGCAGCGAUAACCUGGAUUUCAUCACUCCCGAACCCAAACAAAGCAUUGAGGCGAUCACUCUUCCUUACUUGACAAAGACGCCACUUACUCCGCUGUCAGAUCUGGGUGCUUUCCACGAGAAUAUAGCGCGCCUGAAUGCUGCAAAGCCAGUGUUGAUCGCGCACUAUCAAGCGCAAGUAGAGGAAGACAAAAGCUUGCAGAAAGAUCUGCACGAACAGUAUCUCGAGAAGUAUCGCGCCUGGCGCCUUGAGACUCAGCUACUUGAUCGUGAAAGAACAAAUAAAGAGUCUGAAGAGAGACAAAUGUCUGUCGAGCUCGGGCUUGAUAUUGAGUCCAGCCCCAUACUCGAGAAUCCGGUUUCGGAAACUCGCUCUAGAUUGCACAAGUUCAGCAGCGAAUACGACCUCAUACAAGCUCUGGNNAAGCAGUCAGAGGAGACAGCCAGGCUCGAACAGGAGAAGGUUGAACGUGAGUCCAGACGAGCUCAGAUCGACCUUGAGAAAGAAGCCAUCCCGCCAGAGGUGUGGGAUCAAGCUUCGAAGGAAAAGAGGAUCUUCAAGAACAUGAAUCGAUACCGAGACCCCGUCUGUCUCACAGAGAUUUAUGGAUACGAGCCAGAGUUCGACACCUUCACCGAAACCGAGCACAAACGCUUUGUGGAGCUUUUUAAGGAAAGGCCGAAACAAUGGGGCGAAAUUGCUGCUCAACUACCUGGUCGAUCAUAUGCUGAUUGCAUCCAUCAUUACUACAAGUACAAGUGGGAUGGCCGCUUCAAGGAAAAGACUAAACGUAGAGGCAAAGGUGGCGCACGUCGCGGCGGCAAGACUGGUCGCGCAGCAAGGGGUGCUCAAUUGAUGUCCGAUAUGCGCACCAGUGCUGCCGGCGAGGAUGAUAGCUCUUCCGGACCAAUGCUUACCGAGACUGGAAGACCAAGACGCGCAGCAACACGCACUGCAUAUACAGCCGAAAAGGACCCUGAAGUCANNAAGCCCCUGCUGUUUCCAACAACCACUAACAAGAAAUUGCCUGCAACUGGUGAGGCGGGCUCCGAGAAACCAGCUAAGCGUCGCAAAACGACAGCUGCUGGGGACAAACCUCAGAAGCGUGGGAGACAAACGCUGGUUUCGACUGGCAAUUCUGCCACGUCACCUGCCACGACUGAUAAAGAAGUCACUCUCGGCCAGGAAGAUUUCGCUCGCGCAAAGCAAUUAGAGGAUGCCGCCCUUCUUACUGGAAUCUUCACUGGUACCCGGGCCAUAGGUGGAACUCAGCAUGUCGAGUAUACACAUGAUCCACUUCCAGUCCAAGUCACGAACGAUUCUGCAGAAAGAAGUCGUGCUCCUGCGCAGACACCAAUGCAAAGAUCUAGUGCAUCGAGCUACUGGUCUGUACCGGAGCAAACCGAUUUCGUCAAGUUCAUCGCUCACUUCGGCACUGACUUUGGCGCUAUUGCCAAUCACAUGGGCACCAAAACUCAGACGAUGAACUACUACCAAAGACUUGUCGAGAGCGGAAAUCGACCUGACGUUGUCGACGCUGCUAACGUUGCAAAUGCCCGUCGCGACCGGGGUGAGGNNGAUAUGGGCGUCCCGCCGACACCUACGCCAAUCAACAAAAGACGCUAUGAUAACCCCGGACCAUCUCUUCCCAGAACAGCUUCUGGGUCUCAGGGUGAGGUUAUGGACAUCGACCCUGUUCCACCAACACAGCCCUCGACUCUCUCUCAGCCUUCGUCACAAUUCCAGCAUCAGUACAGAUUUUCAAUGGCUACCCAGCCGACGUCUGCACCUCCGCAAAGAGCUGCUCCAACUCCACUCCAACAGCAUGAGUCUCCCGCUCUGAGCAAACCUGGUGUCCCUGCCCAGCCGCGUGCGAGCAUAUCGUCCGCUGGUCCAAAGAUGGGCUUCUUCUCCGAAUCUAGGAUGGAGCGACGACCGACUUUGUCUUCGUCUGAGCGUCCAGCUCAACUUCCAUCACCCUCCUUGAUGCACCAACAGCAACCAACACCACCUGGCCUGAUGCAUCAAAACCUGUCACACCUGACCUCGGAGUUUGUCAAGAACCUCAAGGAAGAGCAAGAACGUGCCUUGUCGAUUCAGAAGCGUGCUUCUCAAGAGCAUGUACCACAGGUCGCUCAACACCCGUUGUUCCAGCCUCUUGGUGGCCAGACUUCCGCACCUUCUGGAUCUCCACAGCUGUCAAUGUUGGACAGACCUUUGGAGAGGGAUGAGCGCUCUGGCACGCCUGGGCUACCAUCGCUUGCACACCCUCGUGCUGGACCAGCGAUGUUCCGCAACAUUCUGGGUUCUCCUGGACCGAUGCCAUCUCCGGCUGUGACUAUGCAUCCUCCUUUUAGAAGUCACGUGCCAUCUCCGCCGAAGAGAGAAGAGCACCCCAUGUAUCGACCUGGCUCAGUCCCGGUACCAUCACCUGCUCCUUCAGUUGUCAAGCCUGCCAUGUCUUUGACUACAGGACCCCCAGCCGAACCUCGUAAGACGUCUAACUUGGCAUCCUUGCUCAAUUCUGAGCCAGAAGAGCCCCGCCAGAAGAAGAGGAUUAGCGAUCAGCCAACACCAUUUACUCAAUCGCCAACACCAUCGACACUGAGCGUCGCGCCUUCUGGACCAAGUUCGAGCAUUUUCCCUCCUCGAAGAGAGGUGUUCAAUCAGACACCUGUCUCUAGACAGGAGUUUGACGGGCGUUCAUCUUACCCUCAGCCAAUAUCCCAUGCGCCAACUCCAGCAGCUCAACACGAGCUCAUGACUGGCAGAUCAGGAACUCCAGUUGGCUCAAGACAAGCUGAAUGGCAAUCACGUCCACCUGUAGGCCAGAAUCUGGCAUCCAGCUCGCCCCAUCCACCAGCUCCUCUCGAGCGUGAUGUUAGACCAUACUUCUCGCAUCGUGCAAACCUGGGUAGUCUCAACCCGCAGUCAAGAGCGAACCCGUCGCCGCCACCCAACACUCAUCCUUACAUGGAUCAUUCUCGAACUCCAUCAAUUGGCGGUCGACCAAUGACACCUAGUCAGCUGCAACCUCAAGGCCCAUCUGGCUUGUCGCACAUGGCUCAGGCACAAACAGCUCAGGCACAAGCCCAGAUGAUUCAGUCCAAUCCUUAUGCCCAGCCACACGGUGCUCCGUCACAUAUGCAGCAAAUGCAGGGUCAUCAGCAAAACCAGUUCAGUCACCGCCACAACAGCUCCGGAGGCUCGUCGCAUAGUGGACUGCACCAGAGACAACCUAGUCGUGGCGAGGAGAUGAGUAUGCUGAGACAACAACAGCAGCAACAGCAACAAGAAAGAGAGUACCACAUGAGUCGUGAGCGCGAGCAUCGUAUGGAAGUGGACCGACAGUACAAGGAGCGUGAGGCCCAAGCCCAAUUCCAGCAGCACCAACAGCAAGAACAGCAACGCUAUGGCCAACACAGAACACCUCAACCGUACCAGCAACAACCUCUUUCUGGACCGCCUGCUCAGAUGUUGUCUCUGCGCGAACAAGCACGUAUCGAGGCUGACCAAAGCUACCGCGAUGCCAGAAACAGAGAGCAAUACGAACAAGAAAUGCACAUCAGACGCAUACAGGAAGAUGAGGAAAGAAUGAGAUAUGACUAUCGCAAUCCAAAUGGCAUGAUGGGUAGAUCUUCAGGAGGUGGAUAUGGUGGCUUUCCACCACCCGGUCCGCAUAGAAGAUGA